AUGGGCGCCACUAUAGCUUCAGAGGUGGACGAGGUUGUCAUGGUAAAUGUUGUUCAGAUCGCUGAGAUGGGCGCCUAUGUCAAACUACUUGAAUACGAUGGACAGAAAGGUAUGAUCCUCAUGUCUGAGUUCUCGAGAAAGUGUAUCAGGUCUAUAAACAAGUUGGUGAGAGUGGAAAGGAACGAGUGUGUCCUGGUGACCAGAGUGGACCAAGAUAAGGGGUAUAUUGAUCUCUCCAAGAGACGAGUCGUACAGGAGGAUAUUAAGAGGUGCGAAGAAAAGUACUCUAAAGCUAAAACAGUUAACCAGAUCUUGAGACAUGUUGGGGAGCUGCUAGAUUAUGAGGAUGAUAAAAUGUUAGAGGAGCUGUACAAGAGGACCGCGUGGUGCUUUGACAAGAAAUACCCCACAAGUGGAAGAUCACACGAGAUGUUCAAAGAAGCCGCUCAAAAACCUGAGGUCCUCGAUGAAUGUAAUCUACACUGACUACACACCAAAGAGGUUCUUUUGAAAAACAUCAAGAGGAGACUCACGUCUACUCCGCAAGCAGUCAAAGUAAGAGCUGACGUAGAGGUGCUAUGUUACGCGUACGAAGGUAUUGAUGCAGUGAAAGCAGCUCUCAGAGUAGGUUUAGAACUAGCUACAGAAGAAGUCCCCUUGAAAAUUAACCUUAUUGCUCCACCCAUUUACGUCAUCUCUGUAACGUUAUUCAACGAAGAGAAAGGAGUGGAGGCAGUAAGAGCGUCUAUGGCUGCCAUCAAGAACUCAAUAGAGGCUUCCAAAGGUACAGCUUCAACGUGAAGCUCGAUCCUAAGGU